GGUUUUUAUUAUAUUCUUUAAUUUAAUUUGCCAGAGCUCUAUUAAUGUCCUUUUAGUACAGUUAGUUCAACUACAAUAUAAUACCAAAAGUAAUUCUUUUUUAUUUAUUUUUUUUUCUCUUUGUGAGAGAAUUAGUAUAUUAAUUAUAUCAGCUUUCUUCAUUCUCAAUCAUUUUGGUUGUUGCCUGUCUCUUCUCUGUUCUUUUUUCUUUUUAACUGUGAAAAUUAGCUGUAAUUUUUGCUCAAAUAAAUCUCUUGAGCAAAUAUCUGAAACUCAUUAUAUUACUCUUGUCCUACUCAACUCAACUCAACUCAAUCAACUUUGGUUUUGUUCAUAAGCUUAAUCACUUAUCUUGGUUUUUUCUCUCUUGUCCUACUAAGUUCAAUCAACUCAAAAAUAGUAACUAGUUACUGGUUACUUUCUGAUAUUCUGUUCUUGGAAAAUGCCUCCAACUUAUUUUCCAUUAAGGUGGGAAAGCACAGGAGAUCAAUGGUGGUAUGCUUCACCAAUAGAUUGGGCAGCUGCAAAUGGACACUAUGAUUUAGUGAAAGAGCUUCUCAAAAUUGACAGCAACCACUUGAUCAAGCUCACCUCAUUACGCCGAAUUAGGCGACUAGAAACUGUUUGGGAUGAUGAAGAACAAUACCAUGAUGUAUCCAAAUGCAGGUCUCAUGUAGCUAGAAAGCUUUUCCAUCAUUGUGAAUCAAAGAAAAGUAACAAGAACUCACUCAUCAGAGCUGGCUAUGGUGGAUGGCUUAUCUACACUGCAGCCUCAGCUGGUGAUUUUGGUUUUGUUCAAGAACUACUUGAGAGAAACCCUCUUCUUGUUUUUGGUGAAGGAGAGUAUGGUGUUACUGAUAUACUAUAUGCUGCAGCAAGGAGUAAGAAUUCUGAUGUUUUUAGGCUCUUGCUUGACUUUGCUUCUUCACCAAGGUUCAUGGCUGGUAAAGGUGGAGACUUUGAGGAACAUAUUGGUGAUAUUCCUUCUGUUUACAAGUGGGAAAUGAUUAAUAGGGCUGUUCAUGCUGCUGCUAGAGGUGGAAAUUUGAUGAUUCUGAAGGAGCUUCUUGCUAAUUGUUCUGAUGUUUUGGCUUAUAGGGAUGUUCAAGGCUCAACUAUUUUUCAUACUGCAGCUGGCAGAGGACAAGUUGAGAUUCUCAAGUACCUUACAAAGUCUUUCAACUUGAGCAACUCAACAGACAACCAGGGCAACACAGCUCUUCAUGUGGCUGCAUACAGAGGCCAACUAGCUGCAGUUGAAGCUCUCAUAACAGCUUCACCCUCAUCAAUUCACCAGAAAAACAACGCGGGCGAAACUUUCCUCCACAAGGCGGUAUCUGGCUUCCAAACUCUGGCCUUUAGGAGAUUAGACAGACAAAUUGAGCUGCUGAGACAAUUAGUUAGUGGUAAAGCUUUCAACAUCAAGAACAUUAUCAAUGCCAAGAACAACGAAAACCGAACUGCUCUUCAUGUCGCCAUCAUUGGCAAUGCUCAUUCAGAUCUUGUGCAGCUUCUAAUGACAGCUGAAUCAAUAGAUGUGAAUGUCACUGACAUUGAUGGCAUGACACCACUUGAUUACCUAAGACAAAGACCACCUUCAGCUUCAUCUGAUAUACUCAUAAGACAGUUAAUCUCAGCUGGUGGGAUAUUUGGUUGUCAAAAUUACAAUGCUAGAAAAGUCAUUGUCUCACGUUUGAAGAUGCAAAGCAAUGGAAACAGCAGCCCUGGAUCAUCAUUUCGAAUCUCGGAUACAGAAAUAUUCUUGUACACAGGAAUUGAGAAUGCAUCAGAUGGUAGUGGUGGUGGUGGUGAUCAUGUUAUUAGUCCAGUAAUUAGUGCAGCAGUUUCAAUUGAUCUAACUAGUCCAUAUGAUUACUCUGCCAAUGAGAACAACCGUAGCUCAUUCACUAGUAGUAGUGCAAAGACUAGUUCAGUAAACAAUGCAACAGUUCAGCUAUUGAAACAAGUCCUACAUUGGCCUAAGAUCAAAGACAGAACAAGAAGAAAGCCUCAAAAGGUGAAGAAAUCUGUUGAUAAUGAUGAUGAUGAUGAAGCAAACAAUUCAGAUAAUGCUGCAGCACCAACCCCACUCAGGAAGAGAUUUUCUAAGCCAACAACAACAACAAAUAACAAAAGGGCACUUUCUGUGAGGAGUAACCAAUCAAGUCCAUCAGCAAAGAAGAAACUUGCUUCUGGUAUAAGGCAUGGUGUUAUGCAAGCAGUACCACAGAUAACAGUUCCAAAUCCACACCGAUCAUCUCGGUCUAGCUCAUUCUCCAAAUCUUCAAUCUCAUCUCCAACUUCAUUGGACAAACAAAAGGGUGUCUUUACUGAGAAUGAUGACAUGGCUGGACCUUCUUGCUCAAGCUCAACUCAAGUACAUGACAAUGACAAUGACAAUCCAAGUUUGAUUAAGCAAGGAAAUAAUCAUGUUCACCAUAGUCAUAGCAAAAGGUUGAAGAGUCCUUACUUUUGUUUUGGGACAGCUGGUGUGUCUGUUAAAAGCCCAGUUAGUACUACUAUGCAUAGUUACAAACGCCCUGUUCCUUUAGUGGCAUGAAGGAUUUAGUGUCAAACUGUUUUGGGACUAGAAAUAUUUAAGGUGUAGCAUCAUCAGCUUGGAACACUACUAAUGCAAGAAAAAUCCAUUAAGGGCUCGCAUAUUUGAGAAGAUCAGUACUCAGUAGUUGUUUUUAUUUAAGGUUUGUUUUUAUUAUUAAUUAUGUAGAAAUGGUCAAGUACUAUUUGGCCUGUACUACUAUCUUAUCUUGUGUGAACUUCCUUAAUGUUUAAUUAAUAAAGAAUGGGCUAAAGCUGUAUAUAUUAUGCUCAUAUUUGAUUGA